UCCACUAAGAGAGAGAACAGACAGCAUGGAUAUACGUACAGAUUUCAGACUGGUUCUUGUUGGGAAGACUGGAGCAGGAAAGAGCUCCAGUGGGAACACCAUACUGGGAAGAGACGCCUUCUGUGCUGCAGUCAGUCAGUCCUCAGUCACCAGACAGUGCUGUAAGCAGAGCGGUGAGGUGUUUGACAGGCAGGUGACCAUCGUAGACACUCCUGGUCUCUUUGACACCUCGUUACCUGAACACCUCAUUAAGAGAGAGAUCUCUAAAUGCAUCAACAUGUCGGCCCCGGGGCCCCACGCCAUCCUGCUGGUCAUCAAGGUGGGGCCCUUUACCAACGAGGAGCGAGACGCAGUGAGGCAGGUGGAGCAGAUCUUUGGGGAGGAUGCCUGGAGGUACACCAUCAUCCUCUUCACUAAGGAUGACAGAACUGGACCAGAUGUGGAGAAACAGCUGGAGGAGGCAGGAGGAGAGCUGCAGUCCAUCCUGAGGAAGGUGGAGAACAGAUAUCACGUCAUCAACAAUGACAAAGCUAAUGAUCGAAGUCAGGUCCUGGAUCUGCUGGAGAAGGUGGAGAAGAUGGUUGAAGACAACAGAGGAGAGUUUUACUCCAACCUCACCUACCUGCAGGUGGUGGAGAUGCUGAAGAAGAGGGAGGCAGAGCUCAGAGACUUCUAUGAGAAGGAAAUGCAGGUUAAAAUAAAAGCGGUGGAGUCAAAGUACCAGAGGAUGCAGACGGAGGCUCAGCAGGAAGGUCCACAUGUGAAAAGGCGACGUCAGUCUGAGCUGAAGGAGGUGAAGCGGUUCUACGAUGCUUUAAAGAGAGACGUCCGUCAUGUUGUGGAGCAGACGGUGCCAACAGACACCAAAGAAGACAUUCAGAAGUUUCACAUGACUCUCAAACUGAAAGUUACCACAUGAACUCAAAUCAGAGAGAUUCAACAGAAACGUUUGGGUUCCUCCUCUCCUCUAGCCUGGACCCUCUGGUCUACAGAGACCUGGAUAGAGACCAGGACUGUUCAUAGUUAUUAUAUUGUAAAGCACACAGCUGGUUUAAUGUUAGUUUACAUCCAGUAACUAUGAGCUUUACACCAGCUGGACCCACAUGGUCUGCACUUCUGUCUGUGUAGUCUUCUUUGUUGGUUAUUUUUCUAUUGUUCUUUGAUUGUAUGUUUUACUUU